AUGGCGCUUUCUCGCCCUCUUGAUCUCUCCAACCCAUUUCCCCCCUUGCUAUUAUCAUCCUCUUCUACCCCUCUCUCUCCCACCCCUCCCUCUCCCACCCCUCUCUCUCCCACCCCUCCCUCUCCCACCCCUCUCUCUCCCACCCCUCUCUCUCCCACCCCUCUCUCUCCCAACCCUCGCUCUCCCACCCCUCGCUCACCAACCCAACCCCUCUCAUGCUGCUGCUGCGCGCAUCAUCCCAGGUGCUGCCCCGCACCCACUGCCCCACUGCUCCACUGCCCCGCUGCUACACUGCCCGUGUCACUCAAGCUCACUACCCACCCCUACUGCCAAGCACAGCGAGUGGCUGCGCGCUCAAGCACAGCGAGUGGCUGCGCGCUCAAGCACAGCAGGGCUGCUGCUGACGUGGCCUCCUGCAUUCCCCCAUGCGCCACCAGUGUUCCUUGUGUCACAUGCACACAUGCGAAUCUCCUCCUUGCCAUCAAUGCUAGUCCACUGCCGCUUCUUCCUCCGGGCUUCCAUUUACUUCUUCACACCUUUCCCCUCCCUCCCUUCCGCUCCUUUUCAGCCCGAUGGCUAGAAUCAGCCUCUGCUAAUUCCAACUUGCUCCUCUCCUCAUUGCCGUUCAGUUUCCACCCACCACACAUUCUUUCAGCACGAAGCAUCCCCACGCCUCUCUUCCCCACCCAGCAGCAUCUAAGCCACAGUGCCAGCCUGGGGGCGAGAAUGGGCAUGGGCGCUGGCAUUGGCAUGGGCAUGGGCACGGGCAUGAGUGGAGGGGCGAGUGUGAUUGAGCUGCCGGCGGGGAUGACGCUGGUGGAGGUGGUGCUGGCGGGCCUGCUCUCUGCUGUUCCCAUCUACUCUGCUGUGCCCUUCUGUCCCUGCCUCAUUUCUUCCCUCCUCGUCUCUCGCCCCUCCCCCGCACGCCCCUCCCCGGCACGCGCCUCCCCUGCCCACCAGGUGUUGGACAAGGAGGUCGGCUACUGCCAGGUUUGCGUCCUCUAG